GCACGACCGGUGCGCGGCCCUCUGGAGGUGCACAUUCACUUCUGGCUGGGGUCGGAGGCCAGCACCGACGAGGCGGCGGUGGCAGCCAUCAAGAGUGUCGAGCUGGACACAGCGCUGGGUGGCAGUCCAGUCCAGCACAGGGAGACCGAGGGACAUGAGAGCGCCAGGUUCAAGGGCUACUUCAAGAAUGGCAUUCGGUUAAUGAAGGGCGGUGUGAAAGGUGGCCUGAGGAAGGUGACUGACGCCUACAAACCAACGCUCUUCCAAGUGAAAGGAAAGCGCCAGAUCGUCGUCAGGGAGCUGGCCAAGGUCGACUGGUCUGAGAUGAACGACGGCGAUGUUUUCGUGCUGGCAUCGAAGAACAUCGUGUUCGUAUGGACGGGCCGCUACAGCAACAACUCCGAGAAGCUCCAAGCGGCCAAGUUCGCAGGUCAGCUGAAGGCAGAGCGCGGGUGUUCAGGCUCCGUGGUGAUCCUCGAAGAAGGGCAAGAGAGCGCCUUGCAAGGGGCCGAGCGUGCUGCCUUUGAAGAACUCUUGCCUCUUCACAGCAAGAACGUCAAGUCGCACACCUCAGUGCCUCAGGACGAAGUCUUCGCUCGUCAGCUCGCCAGCGACCUGAAGUUGUACCGCUGCAGCGAUGAGAGUAAGACUCUUAAGAUCACCGAGGUGAAGACCGGCCCUCUCUUCCAGGAGGACCUCGUGUCAUAUAUAUGCCAGGACGCGUUCAUCAUCGACAACGGCACGAACGGAAUAUGGGUUUGGAUCGGCAAGAAAGCGUCGGCCAAGGAGCGCCAGGAAGCCAUGCGCAACGCGCUAGGAUUCGUGGCCAAGAAAGGCUACAGCCCCAACACACGUACCACACGCGUCAUUGAUGGCGGGGAACCGCAAGACUUCCAGAGUCUCUUCAAGAACUGGAAAGUCAAAUCGGAAACCAAGGUCACAGGCUUCAAACCCCAAAUCACGCGUCAAGCGUCGUUCGCCCAGCCCAUUUUCCAGGCCCAGACGCUACACGAGCGGCCUGACGUGGCCGCUGCCACGCAGAUGGUGGAUGAUGGCUCUGGCCAGAAAGAAAUAUGGCGAAUCAACAAGUUCAACCUGGAGCCUGUACCUGAGAACAAGUUCGGCGAGUUCUACAUGGGCGACUGCUACGUCAUCUUAUACGCCUACUCUGUGGGAACCAAGGAGAAUUACAUCGUCUAUCAUUGGCAGGGCCUACAUUCGACGGCGGACGAGCAAGGGACGGCAGCGGCGCGCGCGGUAGAGUUAGAUCAGAAGCUGCAGGGGCGCGGCCUACAUUCGACGGCGGACGAGCAAGGGACGGCAGCGGCGCGCGCGGUAGAGUUGGAUCAGAAGCUGCAGGGACGCGCUGUGCUGGUGCGCGUGGUGCAGGGCAUGGAGCCCUCGCACUUCAUGGCCAUAUUCAGGGGCAAGAUGGUCGUCUACGAAGGCGGGCACUCGUCGGGCUUCAAGAGUCUGAGUGAGCGAGAAGUGUCGCGUAAGUCCACCUACACGCUGCAAGUGCGAGGAACCACCAAGUUCAACACAAAGGCUGUCGAGGUGAUGAAUCCUACCAUCGUCAUGGAAGGUUCGUGCUACCUGCCUUCCUCAGAUCCUACCAUCGUCAUGGAAGGGCGAGAACCAGAAGAAUUUUGGAAGACGCUUGGCGGCAAGGAAGCUUACGCCAGCGUCAGCGCCCUCGCCAAAGGCAGCGACAACGACCACCCGCCACGCCUCUUCCACUGCUCCAACGCCUCCGGGGUCUUCACAGCACAAGAGGUGCUGAACUUCAGCCAAGGCGACCUGGUGGAGGACGACGUGAUGUUGCUCGACACGUGGGAGGCUGUCUUCAUCUGGCUGGGGGUGAACUGCAACAAGACUGAGCGGGUGACGUCACAGUCCCUGGCGGUAGAAUACAUCCUCACCGACCCCCGCGGGCGCUCCCCCGACACCCCCAUCGUGCUGGUCAAGCAGGGGUACGAGCCCCCCAACUUCACAGGGUUCUUCGGCGUGUGGGACAACGACCUUUGGAACAACAACAUGACGUACGAAGACAUCUGUGAGCGGCUGCAACAGUCGUCGCCGGGCUGCACGGUGCUGGUGACGCCUUCGCGGACGGUCGGCGACGAUGGACAGCCCAUCCGCAGGACCUAUCCUGUGGCCAUCCUGCGCAUCAAGGACGGCGAAAAACUUCCUGACGAUGUCGACCCUACCCGCAAGGAGGAUUACAUGAGCGACGACGACUUCCGCCGGGAAUUCGGCAUGGAGAGAGAAGCUUUCAACGGCCUUGCUGAAUGGAAGAGACAAAACCUCAAGAAGAAGUUAGGCUUCUAUUAGGCCAUUCUUUCUACCUAUAUCUCCGUAUAUGGAGCCUUAUUUCGGUUCAAAUGUUACCGCAGUCAUUCUUAUUAGCGAUUGAUGAGGCUGGCCUCGAGAAAAUAUUUACGCAUUUACUAUCCCUUUGCACGCACUGCCACGGGACAUUUUUAUGAGUGUCAGUUACCUUCGUUUGUCCCCUAAUAGCAAAACCUAAUUGGUUUGAUUAAAUUCGGAACAUAUUUAAAUUGGUCUCAACUUUAGGAAGGUGAUCUGAAUUGAUCAGCGCCUGCUUAACUUCGUUCCUCUGCAACAUUUAGAACUUUUCAGGAUUGAAACAUUUGACGACAGGAUUCUCGGAAAGUUGCCUAAAUGGACUUAUUUUUUGUCAAUAGAUCACAUUAGGUUGAAUUAGAUUUGAUACGUGAAAAUUUCGUGUGCCGGGGCGUCAUAAAUUUGAAAAUAUCUGUAAAAUUUAUUACGAAGGUCAUAUGUCUCAUUUCCUCAGCCUUUAAUUUAAUUCAAUUAAAAAAUUAUUGUGUGAAAUUAACUCUUUUCGUUUCACAACGUGAGACUAUCCUUUCAAAAACAAUUUUUUUUAAUUUAUGAGUUUGUGCAUAAGAUGUUGCUCGGUAUAACUUGAUGUACUAUAUUUCAAUGAAGUGAAAUCUUGUUAUUUCUAUAGAAAUUUUUAUUGUUGUGGUUGUAAGUGUCCUGACUAUUAAACGGUUAACUAGUCCAUUAUUGAUUGCUAAUUACAGGUGAAAUGUUAAA